AUGGUGGCAACUAAAUGGAACCGUCUAGUGCGCUUCAUUGCCCGAGAAGAUAAGAAGGAAUACAUUGGUGAGCCGGAAGAUUCUCUAAUUGAUGUCGGAGAGUCAUUAGCUUCUGGUGGCGAUGUUCGAGUUCGCACCUCCACAGCAACAUCUGCUCUCGACACUACAGCAGAGCCAACAUCUGAGAUUCUGACCGUAGAUACACUCCUGUCACCACUAACACGUCAGGAGGUCGGCACAAUACGAUGCAUUGGCCUCAACUACCGGAAGCACGCCAAGGAGAUGAAUUUGGAGUUACCAGAGCAUCCAACGCUGUUCUUCAAACCGGCUUCUUGUCUCAACUCCCCUAAUGCACCCCUGACGGUACCCUAUCAAGCCGUUGAUGACCAGGCAGAUUAUGAGGCAGAGCUUGCUGUCAUUAUCGGAAAGACCGCGAGGAAUGUCUCUGUGGCGGAUGCUCUUGAUUACGUAUUAGGGUACGCUUGCUCAAACGAUGUCACAGCCCGUAAACAUCAAUUUCACGGCGCUCAAUGGGGAUUUGGAAAGGGAUUUGACGGAUUCGCACCUCUGGGCCCUUGUAUUGUCUCUACAAAGUCAAUACCCGACCCAAGCGUCAUUCGACUAAAGACGGUCCUCAACGGAAACGUGAUGCAGGAAGGACAGGCCGAUGACAUGAUCUUCAGCAUAGCUGAGAUUGUUGCCUACCUCUCACAGGGGACGACUCUCGAGCCAGGAACUGUUAUAAUGACAGGCACACCACACGGCAUUGGAGUUAGCCGUAGUCCUCCCGUAUUUUUGAAAGCUGGGGAUGAUCUGAGGGUUGUCAUGAGCCACGGCCUAGGCAGCCUCGUGAAUACGGUGGUCUAUGAGGAGUCUCCAGUAAAAAGGAUAAAUGGCCAUAAGUAG